GAAUCUUACACAACUGUUGGCAACACUGUGCUCAUCGUUCCGCAACUGGCUCGCUGAAGCGCUGAAGUUCCGAGGUUCGUUCGUUCUCCAAUGAGUGGGUUCUGGGCGGCACAACGGCACGAUUCGGUGUUCUCUAACUUGCUUGUCAGUUCGCACGUUCGUCGCCUACACUAAAAUGAGCGAAUUCCUGUGGAGCCUGAAGAACGGAGACCUGGAUCAGGUCAAAGACUGCGUAGAACAAAAGGGGCUGGACGUGAACGCGUCCAUCGACGGAAGGCCUCCCCUCCACCAUGCGGCGGACUACGGCCAGGUGGACGUGCUCGAGUACCUCAUUGAGAAGGGUGCCGACGUCAACGCCAAAGACAAGUAUGGAAUAUCAGCGCUCCUGGCAGCCAUCUGGGAGGGCCACACGGCCUGCGUCAAGCUCAUGGUGGAGAAGGGAGCAUCGAAGCAAGGCACCACUCCGGAGGGGCAGUCCUACCUCGAGGCGGCCGAAAAGCAGGAGAUCAGGGACCUGCUGCACUGAGCCCCAAAAUACAGCGGCCUAGGCCUAGAUAUUUAUGCGCACCUCCAAGCGGUGCGACCAUCUCUGAUGCACUCCCUCCUCAACGGCUGGUGGUGCGGAUCGUAAUCCUCUUGCCUUUGAGCCGACAGUGCAGCAGAAACUACAUGCUCCUUAGAUUGGUCGUACGUCUACCUUUGUUCGCGUGAUUACGCUUCCACCCUAACCACGCGCAGAAAGCAGUGUCGUACAACAAAGAGAAGGCGGUUCAUUGGUCUGGCGGAUGCGUAGCUCCCACCGCACUGUCGACUUAGGGAUGAAUGGAGUACGAAGAUGUAGAGGGGGAGCAACUCGCUAUGCUCGAGGUCAUUUGUGGAGUUGGCCUCACCAGUGUCGGGCGGAGAGGUGCUUCCUUCGGUUUUUGCCUAUCUUUGGCAGGUGUAGUUUACUACGUCAUUUUUACAGAAACUCCUUUAGUUUUUUCCUUGCGGUUAAUAAUACUACUGCGUAUUACCUUAGUCACAUACAGGCGGGGCUCUAGCUGUGUACAGACACUGCCUAGGCACCUCGAAAACUUUGUUUUUUGUUUUUUUCUUUUUGGGUUUUUAAGAACAAUUGGUUUUGUGGAUUGUUGAGUGUGCUGUGUGCUAGGAGUCCAAAGGUCGAGUCAAGUGCCUUACAAGGGGUGGAGAGGAGGAGAAAACCGCCCGGAGCGUUUGGAAAGAUUCCCGAGCCAAUGCUUUUUGUCCACCGAUUUCGUUGUGCUCUGCAUUUCCCGACGGCCCAGCUUAACUGCAUAGAAGUUGUUUUGGCAGUUCUGUGACGAGAGCCAUUUCAGUCAAAGUGUCUCUUGCGUUUAAUCCUGCCAUCUAUAUGCCUUCCGGAAAGCUUCCUAUCUGUCUUUCAAUUUACUCUUGCUCCGAGAAGCUAAAAAUAUCCUUUUCGUAUUUUUUUGUUGAGAGCUGUGGUCGCAAGUCUACAGGAUUCAUGGAUGACAUUUGAGGCGUGCAAUGUUGCGGAGCGGUGUUCUAUAUGUUUCACAACUUCAUACACUUUGGAAGUUUCAGUGAAGGUUGUUGGUUGGAAAUCUUGUAGCACUAAUGAGUCCUUCCUCAAGCCCAAUAAAUGUUUAAACAGUGUA